CGCCCAGAGGUCUCACCAUACUGAACCAGGUAAAACCUCGAUGGAAGUAUGAUAGAGCUUCUGAUAAUCCAGCUUAUUUGUGACUGUUUCAAUCAACCUAAACAGGGCCCAGCAAGACAAGUACCUGAUCAAAGCUAAGCAUGAAGACUGGGAGGAGUAAGAGACCAAAGCAGAGGAAGGCACCAAAAUUCUGAAGGCUUGUAUUGAAUGUUGCUGCCUGUCAAUCCAAAAGGAAAAGUGCAACCUAUCUGUUCCAGGAGAAAACUGAUGUGGAAGGAACACUCUUUGUUUACACAAGGUAUGUUGCAAAGCCUGCUCUAUCAUCUGUGUGCUGGGCUUGCUGUUGAUGUGACGAGCAGAAGAUCAGGGAGUUAGCAGACAUAGGGGUGCAGCUGUUAGGGGUGGGUAGUCGAACAGAUCAGCUUCUCCCAGGCAUGGCUUCACCAUUAUGAACAGGUUGAGCAUGGAAAAUCGAACAGAACCCAUCACUAAAGACCUAGAUUUCCAGCUGCAGGACCCUUUUCUGCUUUACAGAAAUGCCAGAUGUUCACCUGGCAGAAGACUGGGUAGUGGGCGAUAUGCUGAAGUGGCUUGUCGAACAAAGGCUUGAAACAUUUUAUACUUCCAAAGUGUCCAUUUAUGGAAUUUGGUUUUAUGAUAAGGAAGAAUGCCAAAGAAUUGCAGAGCUCAUGAAAAAUCUAACUCAGCAGGAGCAAUUCAAAGCACGGCAGGGGGCUGGAGCAGGAGCCUCUCCAAUGAUCCAGAGCUCUGGUGAUAGCAAGGAAGUGGAUAUCUUACGGAUGCUUACCAAGGCCAAAGAUGAAUAUACCAAGUGUAAGACCUGUUCAGAGCCAAAACAAAUGACCAGUUCCUCUGCUAUCUAUGACAACCCCAACCUGAUCAAACCAAUACCAGUGAAGCCCAUUGAAACUCAGCACCAACAAAUACCUCAGCAAGGCAAGAACAUGGACUCCGAACCACAACACUUAUCUUUGACAGCACUGUUUGGAAAACAAGAAAAUCCUACCAUAUACCAAGAUGUCCCAGAACAGUCACAGAAAAAGCACCAACUUAAUCUUUCUGUCAGGCAGAGUGUAGUGCGUUCGCUGUCCUAUGAGGAACCUGGCAGACAUUCACCCUCAGCAGAGAAGCAGCUUUGCCCAGCUAUUCAAAAACUUAUGGUGCGUGGGACAGACCUUCAUCCACUGUCUGAGCUUCCUGAAAAUCGACUGUGUGAAAACGGCAAUGUCCAUUCCGUAGGGGAGGUUUUCACUGGACUCUUCCAACCUGUGACUUCUCAUGGUAUUGUAACAUCUCAUCCAGCCCAGGACACAACUGGCACUCAAAGCUUGUUACAGAAACUUCAGGGACAGUCAGGAUCAGUGACCAAAAUGGACCCAAGUGCAACAGGUACUGUAAGUUCAACAGCUUCAAUCUUCAGCAGGACUUCUGCUGCUACAGCAUCAGCAGCAUCAAUAAAUAACAUGACCCAGCCACAUCUGGUAUAUUUCAAUGGCUCUCUUCCAACCCAAACUGUAGGGCCUCAGGCUGCUGGUAAAGAACAGUCCAAACUUCCUAGACAGCCACUUUCCCUCUCUGGCAACCAAUCAACCAGUUCUGGAGUGAUUUCACCUCAAGAGUUACUGAAAAAACUCCAGAUAGUGCAACAGGAGCAGCAGUUACAUGUGUCCAGCAGACCUACCUUGGCAGCUAAGUUUCCUGUGGUUACUCAGAACACCAACACUCUAAAACCCUUGGAUGCCUGGAUAGAUAAGACAUCAGGUGCACAAAAGCAGAGCCCUCUCUUUCAGGUCAUCUCACCUCAGCGCAUUCCUGCUACUGUGACUCCUGCACUGCUGAUGUCCCCCAUGCUGUUCACACAGUCCACACCUGCUCCACCAAAGGCAAGUGAAAGUGGGUGCUUACCACCAGCAAAUCAAGAAUCUGCUUCCAGUUCAGCUAGCCUUCUCCUUCCUAUGCAGAAUCCAGAGCCAUCUGUCGUAAACAGCAACUCAUUGACCAAGAUGCAGCUUCAGGAAACACUUUUACACCUGAUCCAGAAUGAUGACAACUUCUUAAACAUUAUCUAUGAAGCUUAUCUCUUCAGUGUAAGAAAGGCAGCAAUCAAAAAGUCUAUGUAAAAGAGAAUUUUAAAAUUAAAUUUCUAUGACUUCCUGAACUCCAGGAAGAAAAAGUCUCUCAUGCCAAGUGGUGUUACAUUGUUUAAAAGCUUCUGCCUUUAAAAACAAUAAAAUGAAAUAAAUGGUCCUAGACUUUUUAGUUAUACUUUAAA